UGUCGAUAGUCGAUAUUCGAUACUGAUGGUGGCUUCACCAUGUCAAUCUGGCGCGCCGAUCAGGAUCCACCUACAGAUCUCCUCGAGCUCUUAUAUACAGAUGAGGUCGAGAUUUUUGAUGAAGAGGGUGGAUACGAUGGAUCAGAUCUGAGUGAAACGGAUGUGGAAGACGAGGACGCUGGACGACCCAAUGACGCCUCCACGAGCAGUGUCCCGCGAGAGGUCACGAAUUCACGAUCGCCAUUGUCGUUUUCGUCAAAAUCUGCCACGGUGCCUGCAGAUGGCGUGGUUUUGCGGACGUUAGACGAGUUUGGUGUGCCGCUGGACGAACGGACGACGGGCGACGAAUUCUUAGCCCCGGAUACCCACCUAUUGUAUGCGUCAACUGGAGAGCGUGAAAGAGAUGAAGGGAAUCGUAGAAGAGGAACGAGUGAGAGAAGGGGAGUUAGAGGUGUGCGAGGACAGAGUGCACGUGGAGUUGGGGUUCCGAACCGGGACCGUAGAGGAGGACGUCAGUGGCAAUUGGGACAGCCAGUCCGUGCAAUAUGGCUCCACGAUGACGACGUUCCUCCUGAAUUGUUAAGAUUGGCGACGGAUGUAUUGAGGAGACGACAGAGGAGAUUGCAAGGUGAUGCCUUGGCCGAUAGUACUGAACGAGGAAGGGUUGCUAGUGAGAGCAAAUAUGAGUUUGAAUUUUUCGACGCCAAACUUUGA